UUUGGCGGGCAGCGCGGCGCCGAUUGGCCGGUCUUCGCUCUCAUAGUCAAUGGUCGCCUUAGCCGUCCGGUCAAGCAUCGGCUCAAGUUUUCCGAAGUAAGCGCUGGUUCCCGCGGCCCCAUCCGACUAAGACCCAUCGUUUCGGCGACGGAACCCCUAAGUCCAGACGAAGAUAAAGCCAGUUCGGCAGAUCGCUAAAAGAUGAGUUCGAGCGCUUGCUACAAGUGUAACCGGAUGGGCCACUUUGCGCGGGAGUGUCCCCAGGGUGGCGCAGGAGGCGGCAGAGACCGCGGCCGCGAGCGCGACAGCGGAUUUGGACGUGGACGCGAGAAGUGCUUCAAGUGCAACCAAUCCGGUCACUUUGCGCGCGAAUGCAAGGAAGACCAGGACCUGUGCUACCGCUGCAGCGGCGUUGGACACAUCGCCAAGGACUGUCACCAGGGACUUCCGAUUUACCAGGGUCCUGAGAUGAGUUGCUACAACUGCAACAAGACCGGACACAUCGCGCGCAGCUGCCCGGAGGGAGGCAACGACUCAGGUCGCUUCGCGAUGCAGAGCUGCUACAACUGCAACAAGACGGGCCAUAUCGCGCGCAACUGCACCGAGGCUGUGGGCAAGACCUGCUACCUCUGCGGCAAGGCGGGCCACAUAAGCCGCGAGUGCGACCAGGAGGACAGGAAGUAGGAGACAACCGGGAUCAGUGCCGCUCGCUUAACAAUAACGAUAAGCCGUUUACCGUCGCGCGCGCCACUACCGGGGAUCGUAGCUAGGUAGGGAUAUGCGGACGUACGUCUCAUAUCGAUGCGUAUAAUCGCUAAAGACGUGUUGCGCCAUGGUCGUUCGGAUUCCCAUCUCUCCAAGCCCGACUCUUUGAGACCUCCUCUCUCUACCCUCCUCUCCCAGUCCCCCGAGCCCGUCGUUGUUCUCUCUUCUCGCGAGGGUUUUUCUUAAGAUGCCUUUAAGUUUUUAUUGCUGUUAUAUACCAAGUACGAGACACUUCUUUACACUUAACCCGCGGACGCGCCGCGUACGGAGGUACGCGAAAUACGGACACUGUACGACGUAACGAUUGUAUCGAACCAAACGAAAAAGAUAUGAAAGAAAAGCACUCGAUCACCGCGUAGGGACGUACACGGACUUACGCUACCGGAACCCUCUCUCCCGUUUCCCCGUCCCCUUCGGACUAUAUUAUAUACUCUAGCCUAGCUCGCGAUGCAAGAUGUUUGGAUUCUCGAGGAAGCUCCGCGGUGUACCGCGAGAGGAGGGGCGCGUGCUCCCCGUGGAAAAUAAUUGGAAAAAAAGGAAAUUAAGUAAGAGCAGACCCCGGAAAACUUGAGCCGUAGCGUUUCAGCCGACGGAGAUAUACGUGUUUUUUAAGAUUAAGACUGUUUCGUUACGCAGCUGAUUAACACCAAACGAAUAUAAAAGGAGAUUACAAUGGAAUGCCUGGUUAUAUAUACAUACAUUUAUGUUCCUUUUCUUUCUCAAUCGUCCACGCAUCUUGUAUCCAGUCCUCCCUCUAGAAACUCUCCAGCGGACCGAGUCUAUCGAGAAAUUUCACUGUUAACGAAUACCGGAAGGACAUCUUCGAGCAUGCCGAUCCUGGAUACAUAUUAAGCUUUAGUAACGACGCGUUUACCCCCCGCGUGUUAGAAUAAGGAGAAGCGAGUCCCGUCGGUCUCGCCGAUUGGUCGUAGAAACGUUUACCGAGUAUAUUCCGUUCCUUUCGAUUUUUUUUCUCUCCCGCUCUUUCCCCCUCGCUUUUGUUCCUUCCCUUUUUCUAACGACGCCUUCGCGUGCGUGUGCGGCGGAACGAACGAGCGACGGUAAAAGCGAGCGCGUGCGUGCACACUCUUAUUUAUCGUUUAUCGAUUGUGUAACUAAGUUUGGAGCACUGUGUUUCGCACGGUUUGGGUUCUUACAAAAAGAGUCGCGCCGAUACCUCGACGCAACGGGGGGGGCCGUUUGCCCGGUAGGUUCGUCAGCGCUUAAAUUAGUGCCGAAAUGGCGAGGAUUUUUUCACGACCCUAUAUGUAGCGCGCAUAAAUAUCUCCAUGUGUAUGCAUACACAUACGUGUCCAGUUUGUAAGAUAAUCGCGCGGCCGCGCGCAUUUUACCAACAUCCAGUCGUUGCGCGUUCAUUCGCAUCUCCAUCGCCGUAAGAUCGUUUCACUCGUUCUCCCAUUACCAUCUCGAUCGUCGCCCUUUUUCUCGACUCUCGCCGUGUUCUCGCGCCGUGGGUAAAUGGAUCCGUUACUACAUGUAUGUAUAUAUAUACGAGUAUGCGUUUGGGUAUAUACGUAUGUAUUCACGUGCAUAUGAGCAGGGGCUGUAUUUUGUACUGUAAAAAGCUAGCCGUGCCGCGAUGUCGCUGCUGGCGAACGCGCCGAAUCAUUUUUCCUUUUUUUACUUUGGCCAAGGAGACGAGUCUCUCACGAAAUUCCCGUGGACAAGGAUUAUCUACCGCUAACUACGCCCUUCCUGGCAACGACCUGGACCCCGUUUCGCGACACGCGUCGCCGAUCCGCGUCUCUGCGAACUCUAUCGAGGAGAACCAUUGUAACGCUUUGGAGUGGAUUUUUUUUCUGGAGACUAUCCCAGGACCCGAGUAAACCUCGUUUUAUGGGCUCGCGAGACCUUGUAGACUAAAUCGUUGAUUCGGUGGUCCGGUCAGCAGCGACCUCGCGCAUCAAUUGUCCAGAGAUGCAUUCAGCGAGCCGGAGGGCGUUGCACCGCGCGUUUGCGCGAUUAGGACGAGGACUUUUGUAUACUUAACGCGUAGUCGGGACUUAUGUAUCCGAUCUCGUGCACGGUUUGGCGAGGAUUGUUAAGAGGUGGACGAGAACGUCCCGCGACUUCCUCGCGGAUGAGUAGAGAGUCGGACCAUCGCUGGACCGCGCGCGGCCUUUGGCGCUUCGCGUCGGUGUGGAUCGACACCUGGAGAUCUCGCAAACCUUGGAUGUAGAUCGACUCUAGGGAGACGGAGGAAAUGUCACGAGACGCGGUCGGUGCCGUGCCGCGGGACUCCGUACAUCGUACUCGAUGUCCGUGGGUCGAAGGUAUUAACGGCCAUCGAAUGGACGUACCGAGUCCCGCUCAGGGCACCGUCGCGACCCCGCCGAAAAGGAACGGACAUCGGGGGGUAAUUUGAAUAUCGAAGGACGCCGCCGCGUUCUCGUCACCGGGUCUCGAGCGAGUGUCCUCGUUCGGCCGUCGAGAUUGUUUCAUAUCCACGGAGGGUGCCAGAGGUUCUAAACGUGCAUUAUAUAUUACGAGUGCGGACGGUGCACUCGCGCUUCUGUCUUUACUACAAGACUUACGUACGGAUAUUGUAAAGAAUAUGACUGUUACAGUGUAUUAACUAAUUCGACCGGCGGUUCGCUCGGUCAAGGCUCGACUUAUUGAUUAAAACUAAUCUAUAUGAAUACUUAAAUGGAAGGAGACGAAGAGGAUGACGAGGAUAAAUAUGCUAAAAAGAGGAAGUAAGCGAUUUACGGGGUAUUCGAAAUUAUGUUUUUAAACUGAAUUUUUGAAAUAGAAUGCGUACGGAGAGGCAAGUACCCGCGGUUGUUAUUUGUCGUUCCUGGUAUAUACGUACGUGUGUAUGACAUUUGACGCGUUGCAUUGCCAUUACCGUCUUCCCCCCCACCUCCCCCCUGGUCUCCGUCUCCCCGAAAUUUAGACUCGUGACGAGUCGGUUGCAUAGCGUAGGGCGUAUACCCUGUAUUUAUGUUUAAGUUUCGUGGAAGGGAGGGUUAUUUGCUAAUAAAAUAUAAGUGCCUAA